GAAAAAACGAAGAGCGAAGUUAGGGUUUUUGCAUAGCGGUCAUCUCGUUAGCUAGCCAUGUGGAGCAAAGCGAAAGCCAUAAAAUUCUCUCGAGGAGAAACGUCGAGCAGCCACCGGAAUAGGCAAAGAGUUGCCUCCCUUGUUGAAGAUGAAGCAGAGCCCGUUGAAGAAGCUGGUGAUUGCGGCGAGAGUUGUGGAGAAGGAUUAGGAACCGCGGCGACCGGUGGUGAGGUUGGUGAAACGGAGGUACCACCAGGGAUGCUGUUCGAUCUGGAUCUUCUCGAUUGUCCCGUUUGCUGCCACGCACUGACAAACCCUAUCUUUCAGUGUGACAAUGGACACAUAGCUUGCUCUUGUUGCUGUAUUAUCCUGAGGAACAAAUGCCAUUCCUGCACUUUGCCUAUUGGUGUCUAUCGAAACAGAAUGAUGGAGAGAGUUGUGGAAGCAGUCAUGGUCCCAUGCCCUAACGCAAAACAUGGCUGCACCGAGAAGUUCUCUUAUGGCAAAGAGUUAGUCCAUGUGAAGCAAUGCAGUUUUGCUCUAUGCUACUGUCCUGCACCAGGCUGCAACUAUGCCGGCCUGUGCAACGAUCUCUACCGUCACUACUAUGCUAACAACUGUCGCCCACGGGAAUGUUACAGGUCUGGCAGUAACGUGGCCGCAUGGAUGCGCAUCAGUGACAAGAUUUUCGUUCUUCAGGAAUAUAAGGGUCCAUUGGUUGUGAUUCAAUGUUUCGAGGAGGAACAAGGAGUGUAUGUGACUGUGAACUGUAUAGCACCUUGUGCUCCUGGAGUCUCGGAGUUUUCCUUUCAAAUCUCUUACUCGUCUUACUUUGGUGAAAAAACCAUGUCGUUUGGAUUGCGUGAGAUGAAUAGGAUUCAGAAAGUGAGCUUCGAAACUCCUGAGAAGGACUUCAUGUUUGUUCCUCACUAUUUCAUGGCAGGGCGGCCUGAUUUGAAGUUGAAAAUUUGCAUCCACAAGAGAGGGGAAUAA